AUACUUGUUUGGCUUCUUCAAAGUAUAGUCCAAAUUGUGACAGGUUCAAGAGCUCAUUUCCCUUGAGUCAGGAUCACCAGAGACUUCACCUUGGGCAUCUUGUAAAGAUAUGUGAGAAGAUCCUGCAUAGCAUGAAAGUGUGACAUUGUAUGCAAAAUGAGUUAUAUAUUGGAAAACAACAAUAAGGUGCUCCUCACCGGACGCCCCGGAAGCAUUUCUGAUCUGCUGACCUUGGAUGAUGACAAUGGGAGUGUUGUUGUUGCUGGGAUAAAACAUAAUGACCCUAUUGCAAGUUCUUUGGGACUGAAAGAAGGAGAUGAGCUUCUUGGGGCCACUAUAUAUUUCGAUAACCUACACAAAGCAGAAGUACUUAACAUUUUGAAAGCUGCAGAGCCUUACAAAACUAGUGUCCAGCUGCAUACAAAAAACGGAGCACCGCUCUCUCCAGUCAGUCCAUUCUCUCUAAAAACAGAUAAGGUGGCUGUGAAUACUUUGGCAUAUGAUGAAAUCUUCAACAGCAAGAUUCGCAGAUACCUUAAAGGUUCAGUCUCUAUGCAAGAUUUGUCCCAACAAGGCACUAGAGAAGGGCAACGUAAAUCACCAAUGACAAACGACAAAAUGACUGCAUUUGGCUCAUCCAUGCAGAUGUCUGGAAUUACAUAUCCGGAGCUCAAUGCUCCAAAUGUAUAUGGGCAAAUCAAUGAUGUACAGAUCAAAGCACCAAGAAUCAAUGUUAAAGGUUCACCAGUUAAAGGGAGUCUUCCAGAUUAUCAAAUGUCCUCUGUUAAUGUUUCAGUGCCAAAAAUAAAUGCCCCUAAUAUAGAUGCAGAUUUUAAAGCACCUUCAUUUAACAUGUCACAGGCACAGAACGGUGUUCCAAAUGUUGAUGUGAAUCUGAAAGCCCCAAAUGUGGAGUUUCCUGAUGCAGCAGUAGAUGGUAAAACAAAAUUUUCAGGAAUGGAUCUCACCACACCAAGUAUCUCAGGUAAAGGGAAUAUCUCCGAUGUAAGCUUUGGUUCUACAAAUAUAAAAGGGCCCAAGUUUAAAGUACCCUCACUAAACCUUUUCCAUUCUAAAAAGUCUGAUCAGGAUGUGGAUUUUAAUGUUCCAAACAUAUCAGGAUCUGUCAAAGUUCCUGAACUUGAUGCUGGUCUCCCAAAUGCCCAAGGUCCUAACUUGAAUGUGACUCUCCCUAAAGCAGAUAUACAAGGCCCAAAAUUCAAAAAUCCAAAGGUAAAUGUUGACUUUCCAAAAUACAAAGGUCCAGAAAUGAAUGUAAACAUCCCCAAAACUAGCAUUGAAUCUUCACAAAUCAAGGCACCAGAACUUAAUGUAGAUCUUCCUAAAAUGGAUAUGAAGGUAGGAAAAUUUCCUGAUGUCAGCAUUGAUGUUCCUAAAGCGGACAUAAACAUUCCGAAGGUGAAAGCUCCAGAGGUAAAUGUGGACCUUCCUAAAGCUGAUUUUCAGGUUCCAAAACUUAAAGGUCCAGAUAUGAAUAUUCAGUUUCCUAAAACUGAUGUAAAAGUUCCCAAACUAAAUGGCCCAGAUCUCAACGCUAAUAUCCCCGAUAUCAGUUUAAAUAGCCCUCAACUUAAAGGACCUGAAAUUAAUGUGGACCUACCAAAGGGCGGUAUUAAGGGCCCCAAAUUUCCUGAUAUGAAAAUUGAUAUACCAAAACCUAACAUAAACUUACCAAAGAUAAAAGGUCCAGAGCUAAAUGUUGAUCUGCCCAAACCAGAUUUACAUUUGCCAAACCUGAAAGGUCCAAAUGUUAACAUAGACCUUCCUAAAGCUGAUAUCAAAGCACCAAAACUUAAAGGUCCAGAUGUUGACAUUCCCAGUGCUUCUUUCAAAGUUCCUGAUGCUGAUCUUGGAAUUCCUAAAUUCAAGGGACCAGAGAUGAAUAUUGAUCUUCCUAAAGCCGAUAUCAAAAUUCCAAAAUUUAAAGGUCCAGAAGUAAACAUGGACAUUCCAAAGGCAGAUUUAAACAUCCCAAAAUUUCAGGGUCCAGAUGUGAAUGUUGACCUACCUACUUCUGACAUAAAACCCCCCAAAAUGAAAAUUCCAGAUGUAAAUCUUGAUUUACCGAAAUUAGACAUGAAAGUUCCAAAACUAAAAUUUCCAGGCGUAGAUUUAAAUCCUCCAGAAUUAAAAGGUCCAGAAGUCAAUGUGGAUCUUCCUAAAGCAGACUUAAAAGCACCUAAAUUAAAGGCCCCAGAGCUCAAUGUUGAUCUUCCUAAAUUAGAUGUGAAGACUUCUGAAUUUAAAGGCCCUGAAGUUAAUGUUGACAUGCCUAAAGGUGCAAUAAAAUUUCCAUCACCAAAGACUCCAGAUGUUAACCUUGAAGUUCCAAAACUAGAAACAAAAUCAAAAUUUAAGAUGCCUUCUUUCAACUUAUUUAGCAAAAAGGGAAUGCCUGAUGCUGACUUUAGUUUUAAAACUCCACAAGUCAAAACUGGAACUGUGAAUGCAGGUCUUAAGGCCCCCAGCCUUGAUGUAAAUGCUCCUAAUGUAAAUGUUUCAGUUCCAAAAAUAAAGGGAGAUCUGACUGGCCCAGAUGCAAAUAUUGAUUUUCCGGAUGUAGAUAUGAAAGGUCCUAAAUUUAAUUUGCCCUCUUUCAAUAUUAAGGGUCCUAAGAAUAAAUUACCUUCACUUGAAAUGUCUGGGCCAAACAUUCAGACUCCUGAUGUAGGUGUUGAUACAUCCUUUUCGGCUCCUAAAGUAGAUUUAAAUGCACCACAAGUCAACCUAAAAGGUCCUGAUGCAGAUUUAAGUGCUCCUAAGUUUAAAAAAAACACAUUUAACUUCCCUUCUUUUCAAAUGAAAAGCCCAAAUAUAAAAACACCUGAUUUAAAAGUGGAUGGGUCUUUAAGAAGUCCACAAUUAGAUUUUAAUUCCCCUGAUAUUGAUGUUAAAGUACCAGAUGCAAACAUAAAUCCCCCUAAAUUUAACUUGCCCUCAUUUAAAAUGCCUUCAUUCCAAAUGUCUGGUCCUAAGGUUGAAGCUCCUAAUUUAGAAGUUGGUGGGUCUCUAAAACCUCCACAAGUUGAUGUAAAUGCACCCAAUAUCAAUGUUAAAGGUCCAGAUGCACAGGUAAAAACUCCCACAUUUAAAAUGCCAAAUGUAAAAUUGUCAGGCCCACAGUUAGAAACACCUGAUGUAGAAGUUGGUGGUUCCUUAAACACACCAAAAGUAGAUUUUGAUGGCCCCAAACUUGAUAUGAAAGCUCCUGAUGCAAAGAUGAAUACUUCAAAAUUUAAAAUGCCAUCAUUUCAAUUACCUUCAUUCCAAACGUCUGGUCCAAAUAUAAAAACACCUGAUUUAAAAGUGGAUGGGUCUUUAAGAAGUCCACAGUUAGAUUUUAAUUCCCCUGAUAUUGAUGUUAAAGUACCAGAUGCAAACAUAAAUCCCCCUAAAUUUAACUUGCCCUCAUUUAAAAUGCCUUCAUUCCAAAUGUCUGGUCCUAAGGUUGAAGCUCCUAAUUUAGAAGUUGGUGGGUCUCUAAAACCUCCACAAGUUGAUGUAAAUGCACCCAAUAUCAAUGUUAAAGGUCCAGAUGCACAGGUAAAAACUCCCACAUUUAAAAUGCCAAAUGUUAAAUUGUCAGGCCCACAGUUAGAAACACCUGAUGUAGAAGUUGGUGGUUCCUUAAACACACCAAAAGUAGAUUUUGAUGGCCCCAAACUUGAUAUGAAAGCUCCUGAUGCAAAGAUGAAUACUUCAAAAUUUAAAAUGCCAUCAUUUCAGUUGCCUUCCUUCCAAACGUCUGGUCCAAAGAUUGAAACUCCUGAUUUAAAAAUUGAUGGGUCGUUAAAGUCUCCAAAUGUGGACAUGAAGACACCAAAUAUUGAUGCAAAAGGUCCAGAAAUACAGUUAAAAGCUCCAAAAUUUAAAAUGCCUUCAUUCCAAAUGACAGGCCCAAAUGUGCAAGCACCUGAUAUAGAAGCUGGUGGCUCUUUAAAUGUACCAAAAAUGGAUAUAAAUGUUCCACAGGUUGAUUUGAAAGUACCAGAUGCACAAAUGAAAGACCAAAAAUAUAAAAUGCCUUCGUUCCAACUCAAAGGCCCAAAUUUAAAAACUCCAGAUGCACAAGUAGAUGGCUCAUUUCAAACUCCUCAAGUAGGAAUAAAUACUCCUGAGGUAAAUUUGAAAGGUAAAGAGCAGAAAAUUAGCCCCCCAAAAUUUAAAAAACCCACAUUUAAUAUGUCAGGAGGUAAUAUUGAUGGACUUGAGUUACAAGCACCACGCAUUGAAGCCAAAGAAUCAAAAUUUAAGUUUCCAACUUUACGUAUAUUUCACCCUAAAUCUAGCUUUCCAGAUGUUGAUUUAGGCAUUGAGUCUGCAAAGUUAGAUACCCCUUCCCUUCCAAAUUUACAAGGAAGUGCAACUUUGCCAAACAUUAGUGCUAGGGCACCAAAUGUCAAUCUUAAGGCAUCUGAUAAGAAGAUGACUAUGCCAAAGUUUAAGAUGCCAACAUUUGGAAAAUCUAGAGCAGAUGAUCUUGAUUUCAAAGUGAGAACACCUGAUGCUUCAUUGCCAGAUGCUAGUGUUCAACUAAAAACUCCAGAGUUAAAUGCAAACUUACCAAGUGCCAGCAUAAAACCUCCAACAUUUAAAGGACAAAAUGUUGAUUUGAAAGUUAGAGUACCGGAAUUGGAAAGUGGAGUUACUAUACCAAAUGUUCAAGCAAAAGCACCAAAAAUUAGUCUAGAUAGCUCAGGAGGAAAUAUUGCAUUGCCUUCCACUAAAGUAUCAGCCCCUGAAAUUGACAUACAUGAUAGCCAGGUAAAAGUACCUGGUGUAGAGAUAGUUCAAGCACAAAUAAAGGGACCCAAGUUCAGCACAGGUUCACCAUCUGCCAACAUCAAAACACCAAAAAUAAAAGCCCCAGUGGUGCCAGAUGUGAAUAUGUCUGCUCCAAAGUUGGAAAGUGACGGACUAGAUGAUCUGGAUAUAGAUGUCAAUCUUCCAUCUGCACGAAUGAAUUACCCAAAGUGGAAACAACCAUUCUCAGGUCAAACAGAAGGACCGGGUGUUGAUAUAGACAUUCCACAAGUGAGAGGAGACAUUAAAGCCUCACCACCUAAGCUGCAAAUGUACCAAAAUGAUGAUGCCUCUUUGGAUGUAAAUUUGCCUUCCGUACAACUGAAUGCUCCAAAGUGGAAAAAGCCUUUUCCUGGUCAAACAGAGGAACCAGGAGAUGACAUAGAUGUUAGAGUGCCUCCUGCUGACAUUGACAUAGACCUUAAAUCACCAAGGACAAGGGACAUUUCUUCAUCAAGGUUCUCUUCUUUGUUUUCUGAAACCAAUUUCUCAUUACCCGAUGUUGGCUUUGAUUUCACACCUCCUCGUAUAAGCACAUCAUAACGGUUGGGGGAAAAAAAGCUCUGUAAAUCAGGAAAAAGUAUAGUAAAAAUAAUCUAUGUUAGGUUAUCCAGGCUAAUAGAGAUUAUCCAGGCUAUGAGGUAAUCUAAUUUUGUAUAUAAUUUAAUAAAGGAAUAAGCAAUAAAUCUAGUUUAGAGUUCCAAAAAUUUAUUACAUUUCCAAGUUUUGCUACCAUUCUAAAAGUGACAUCUUGGGGUAUUUGGGAUUUGUAUUUUAAAAAUGUAUAGGUGAAGUUAAUGUAGCUUAAACCUUUACGGUCUAUGAUAUCAUGUGGAAUUAAUUUUGUAUAGAUAAUUGUACAGUAGUGUUGAGCGAGCAUGCGAGCACCAGUGCGGCUCGAGCAUCUCGGCACAUCGCAGAGUUUGGCCAAACACCACGUGUGCUCGAGUCAGUGUAUUUAAAUCUAAUUUAGCCUCUAUUUCUAUGCAGAAGAUCGCUGUACAGUGAGGGAAUCCCUCAGUGUGAGUCCGCGGUUUAGGAGUCCCUGCUCUGACUCCAUAUAUAGUUAUGUCCAUAUAUGGAGUCAGUGCUUGGGGACACCCCAGUGUUCUAAUUUAGCCUGUAUUUCAGGAAUACUUACUAGUGUAUAUAUUAGGCUAUGCAGCUAUAUAGUGUAGUGGUUAAAGUUCUGCUAUGUGAUGCAGAAGCUGUGAGUUCAAAUCCCAUCACAAACUUUUUCAAAAAUAGAGGUUAAAUUAGAUUUAUAUAUUUUAUAUAU